GACAAUGCUUUUCCAUUCGUUAAAGUUAACAAAUUGACCGUUUUAACGUGAACGAUAACCUUUGAUCUUAUUUUGAAAUGUUUUAUGAGUUGAUCAGUUCGAUGGCUGUAUUAGUGCGCUCGAAAUUGAUUCGUUGUGCAUUAGUCAUUACAAUUCUCUCCAUUAUUAUAGCCACUGGACAAAGUCUUGAGCUCCUCGGGAUGCUGCGUCCUUUACCCAGUGUGCUUGGAGUCCUGUCUUUGGGUGGAAUGGCCCUGCUUUGGAGGGACAUAAGCUCGAAAGUGAAAGGGGAGAACCGGACUUUGAGCAGUCUGCUAAGCCAGUAUUUUGCCGUGAAGGUUGUGGGUUGGCUGGGUAAGCGGCAAAGAGGGAAACUGGAGGCCGAUACGCAGAAUAUACGGCAAGUUCAGGAGGAAACUCUUCUAAAGCGCCUGCGCAAGACCGCUGACACACGUUAUGGAAAGCAGUAUGAUUUUAGCUCAAUUAAAGACUGUGAGGCCUUUCGUACACGUCACCCGGUGACGACGUAUGAGCACUAUCGUGAGCUGGUGGCGCGAGUGGCGGCUGGAGAAGAGAAGGUCCUCAUAGCUGAGAAACCCCUUAUCUUAGCCAUGACAUCGGGUACAUCUGGAGCCAGUGCCAUGCUGCUGAGCACCAAGGACACCAACACAGAGUUCUUCCUACAGGGCGUGGCUGUGUGUCUGGAUGCCAUGCGGCGUGCGUUCCCGGCCACCGACAGCCUCCAGCGCACGACCAAGCUCUUCUACUCGCCCACCUUUCGCCAGUCUGAGGCAGGCAUCCCCAUUGGGCCUAACUCCUCCACCCCGGCUUCGUCCCGCCACAUGCUCAACCUAUACACCACACCCGCACCCGCCUUCCAGGUGCCCAGUGAGAGAGACACCCUCUACCUGCACCUCCUCUUUGCCCUCAAAGACCCCAGUGUGGGCACCCUGGAGUCCAACUUCGCCUCCACUGUCUUUUAUGCCUUCAGUGCUCUCCAGGAGCGUUGGCAGGAGCUGGUGGAGGACAUUAAGCUGGGUCGGGUCAGCCCUGCUCUGGCCCUGGAGCCAGGGGUGAGGGCCAGCCUGGAGGGCCAGAUGAAGCCAGACCCGGAGCGCGCCACCCAGCUCCUGACCCACUUCCAGCAGGGCUUUGUGGGCAUCGCGCGGCGCCUCUGGCCCCAGCUCAACCUGGUGCUGGCUGUGGACUCUGGAUCUAAUCAGAUCUAUGGGGAGAUGCUGCGGGAGCGCUACUGCCAGGGGAUUCGCUUCUACUCACCCUUCUACGCCGCCACCGAGGGUCUGAUUGGGGUGAACCUGUGGCCUGAGGAGGAGCGGAGGAGGUACUUGCUGUGUCCUCGCUCCAUGUUCUGUGAGUUCCUCCCAGAGGCCAGUUUGGACCAGGAGACACCCGAGAAACACACACUGCUCAUGGAGGAAGUGCAGGAGGGACACAGUUAUGAGCUGGUCGUCACCAACGCAUCUGGACUCUUCAGAUAUCGCAUGGGAGAUAUAGUAAAAGUGGUUGGCUUCCACAAUCAGUGUCCAGUUGUAGAAUUUCAAUACAGGCGGGGUCAGAUGCUGAGUGUGCGGGGGGAGAAGGUGUCUGAGGUGAUGUUUCUGGGGGCUCUGAAGCGAGCCAUCAGCCAGUGGCCCGGGGCUCAGCUAGUCGACUACUGCUGCGCAGAGAGCGCCAUAAUGGGAGAGUCAUGUGGCGGUUCUGAUCCUCACUAUCAAGUGUUUGUGGAGCUAAAGGGGGUGAGGAACCUGACAGAGGAGCAACGCUACAAGUUGGACCAGUGUGUCCAGGAGGACUCGGCCGUCUACAAGUCGUUCCGGUUCAAAGGCAGCAUCGGACCAAUGAGAGUGCAGAUGGUGGCAGAGGGUGCAUUCAAGGAACUGCGUAAACAAAUGAUGGCCUUCUCCAACACCUCGGCCAACACGUUCAAAAUGCACCGCGUACUACGCAGAAAGGAGUACGCCGACUUCUUGUUAGGGAAGACCAUCUGAACGGCAUUAUGGGAAAUAAACUUGAGUGGAGACGUGUGUGUUGUGCACUGCAACCGUGGAGAGGAAUAUUAUUCUCUAUGAAAGUGAAUGUCAUUUGUUGACACAGUCAUUUUAGGAGAGAGGCAAUCUGUGAAAAUGACAAAUUACAACUCGUUUGGUAACCCACUGAACAGCUACAGCGACAAGUCCAACUGGUUGUCUUGUCAACAUUCUCCACCCCUUACAUGGUGGAAAUCAGUAUCUUUCCCUCCAAACUUAGACAAAAAAAUCACUCAAGUCUUUCGACAAUAAUGGAACAACUGAUUGUAAAUCCACAGGCAUCUAAUGCCCACUCCUUCAGUGAAGACGAUUUUCUUGCUCUUUUGGACAGUUAAAGCUGUGCUGGAUAAACUUUACAUACAUACAAUGUUUAUGGACAUUAUAAUAUGUUACAUUUUGCUUUGCCCCCAUCAUGUCCAACUUCAUGGACUGACUUUGCCCUUUGAACCUUGUCUUGUACAACAAUGAUUUUUAUUUGCAAAUAAAAGUGCUAAUACUGUA